AUGGCAGGCAGAUCACUAUGUUCCGCCAACCACACCUCUCACAAUCAUCAGAACAAAUCCAGCCUUGGGGAAAAUAAAAAUACAUCAUGUUCCUUUUCCAUCGAAAGCAUUUUGGGGCUGGAGCAGAAAAAAGAUGGCACUCCAGCUGCAAAACCGCACAGGCCAUGGGUGGAUAAAUGGAAUGAUUUGGGAGAGGAUUGUUGUAACCCCCGUUUGCGUAUCCCUGCCAUGUCCUAUGCAAUCCCAUUGUUUCAUGCAAGCAACUACCCAGAUGCAGAAGAAAGAGUUCUGAAAUGUGAAAACUAUUUUGCAGUCAAUGAAAGGCUUUCUUACAAAAGGGAAUUGAGUUGGUACCGAGGUAGGAGGCCAAGAACUGCAUUCACUCGAAACCAGAUUGAACUACUGGAAAAUGUUUUUAGAGUGAAUUCUUAUCCUGGAAUUGAUGUCAGAGAAGAACUAGCCCAAAAAUUAGAUUUAGAUGAAGACAGAAUCCAGAUCUGGUUCCAGAAUCGCCGGGCAAAGAUGAAGAGAUCGCACAGAGAAUCUCAGUUUCUAGUGGUGAAAAAUGCUUUCCCACAAAAUAUGAUCAAAUAGGCUGAUUCCACAGAAUUCGCUAGU